GGACGGUGGCGCUUUACAAAGGACAUGGUGGACCUCUGGAUGGGAGACUGGUCCGAUGACCGCGUCUACACCAUACCCAGGUAUUCCACGUUGUUCCGCCGCGCGACGGAGCAGACCUUCUCGGUGACGUUCGACUGCCGCGCCUCCAACGACUGCAACUGGCUCGCCAGCGACACCGUCAUCUGGGACCACUCACACAUGUACAGCAUCGUCAUCGGAGGCUGGGGCAACCAGUACAGCAGGGUGCAGCGCCACACUCCCGGCGUCGGCUGGGCGACUCUGGCCUCCAAAAAAAUGUCAGGUAUUGUCAGCCGGAGUGAGCUGCGCAAGUUCCGAAUCCGCUUCGAGCCCGGCCGGAUCCGCGUGUACAGAGCCAAUAGACCGAAUGCGUUCCUGGACGCAACUGACCCGUCCCCGAUCACCAUCAACUUUCACGGUCCGCGCAGCUGCUGCGACAGCGCCGGCAUGGACGUACGACUGGUCAGGUACGACCGCAGCUGGAGCUACGAGGCCGGCUACCGCUGGGCCGAGGACCUGCAGUAGCUGCUGCAGCGCGUGAACUCACAGCAUCAGCCAUCAGCUCUCAUGAGCCACCGCUAUGCCGGUUAAGAAAUCAGCCGCAGCCAGGGUGGCGGGCAGGUGUAUGAGCUCCUGUCCAGUGGAGGUCCGCACCCCUCCCCCCCCCCCCCCGCCACACACUUCGGGGGGAAAGUGAGCCAAAUCCGGAAAGGUCUCCUGGGUGUGUAUUCGAUGUUGAAGCUGUGAUCUCCAAUAUCCUCCUCAGGAUCACAAUGCAUUCGGGAAAACUUAAGACGUACUGAACAAGAGAAGUGAAUAAAAAAUGUAUUUGAACUGGUGGGAACGCCACCUUAGCACACCACUGUUGGUGACCUGUUCAUAAUGUAUCACGUGACAUCCUAUGGGCACAUACCUAAUCUGUCUUA